AAAAAUGGUUUGUUGUUGUUGAUGAUGGAGUUGAAUGAUAAAAUGGUAGCAAAGCAAUGCAACCGUUGGUGACAAAAUUUUGUAAAAGGAUUCUUAUCCCAAUAAUCCCAUAAUCAGAAGAAAAUGACCCACAUAGGAAACAGCCCCGAUAUUUUCGCUUCCAUUUUCUCUUAGUUUUACUCAGUCUCUUCACAUCCAGUAAAUCCGCUCAUAUCAGACCAGAUCAAAGUGUUGAUUGUGUUGUGUUUACCCCAUUUCAGUUUCAACCACAUCACCUCUUUCUCUUAUUAUAUCUUCUUCUUCUUCUCCAUCUUCCUGUGUUAUUGUUAUUAUUUAUUAUUCUUUAAUCUUUUGAAUGUUACAAGAAAUAUGACCCUUAAGGGUGGCACCAGCCAAGCCUGUGCUGCGUGCAAAUACCAACGAAGAAAGUGCCAUGCUGAAUGCCCAUUAGCUCCAUAUUUCCCUCCUGACCAGCCUAAAAUGUUUGCAAAUGCCCAUAAACUGUUUGGGGUCAGAAAUAUUCUCAACAUUUUGAAGAAUUUAGACUCUGAUCAGAAGACUGAAGCAAUGCGUUCCAUUAUUUACCAAGCUGAUAUUCGUGAUAGGUAUCCUGUUCAUGGAUGUUGGGGCAUUAUUUGUCAACUGCGAUAUCGAAUUUGGCAGGCUGAAGAAGAACUUCAUGCAGUUCAUGCACAACUGGAGAUGUAUAGACAUCAUUAUCAACAGCAGCAACAGGUGACAUCUAUGACGGAUGAUGUUCCUUCGCAACUUGAAUUAGGCAUCGGCAUGGCUCCUCCUAAUAAUAAUUCGCUUUCGCUUUUCAAUCAUACUCCACAGCAGCACCAGCACCAGCCUUCUUAUAAUAAUGCUCCUGCAGCAGCUUUGCCUUAUACUAAUAACAGCAACUCUGGAACUUACAUGGAUUCCAAAGACAAUGUUGCUCAUUCUAUGUGGAUCCAACAUCAAUAUGCAACUGCCACCAACAACAUUAAUUCCAAUUCUUCCAUCCCCAUUCAACCCCACCAAUUCGUUGCCUCGCAAUCUUUGGCUCUUCAGCAGCAGCAAGAGGUUGUUCAUGAUUAUGAUGAGAUUCAUCCGUUUUUCGACACCAUUGAUGACAGACAAUCAUACAUUGAUUCUAAAGAGGCUUAUGACUCCAGUUCGGAAGAAUCAUUGAAAGAUACAACACAAUCCACUGAGCACGUUGCAGAGAAUGAACUGAAGAGUGCUGCUGCAUGCUUCAGUCUGACCAGUGUCAAUUGAUCAAGAAGCCAGA